AUGGCUGCGUCGAAGCUCGGCUCCAAAAAUGCAUCCACACGCCCAACCGUCGGCUCAACGCUCGACGCGAGCGCGCUGACGCCACCUUCUUUACGUUUCACGACCGAGAAUAAUAUCCACAGUGUACCCACCGCGUUCGAUGCGGCAGAUCGACCCGCGUCGCGACGCGUGCUGCGACGAGAAGAUGCGAUGGCUGCGUCGAAGCUCGGCUCCAAAAAUGCAUCCACACGCCCAACCGUCGGCUCAACGCUCGACGCAAGCGCGCUGACGCCACCUUCUUUACGUUUCACGACCGAUAGAAAUAUCCACAGUGUACCCACCGCGUUCGGUGUGACAGAUCGACCCGCGUCGCGACGCGUGCUGCGACGAGAAGAUGCGAUGGCUGCGUCGAAGCUUGGCUCCAAAAAUGCAUCCACACGCCCAACCGUCGGCUCAACGCUCGACGCGAGCGCGCUGACACCAUCUUCUUUACGUUUCACGACCGAGAAUAAUAUCCACAGUGUACCCACCGCGUUCGAUGCGGCAGAUCGACCCGCGUCGCGACGCGUGCUGCGACGAGAAGAUGCGAUGGCUGCGUCGAAGCUCGGCUCCAAAAAUGCAUCCACACGCCCAACCGUCGGCUCAACGCUCGACGCAAGCGCGCUGACGCCACCUUCUUUACGUUUCACGACCGAUAGAAAUAUCCACAGUGUACCCACCGCGUUCGGUGUGGCAGAUCGACCCGCGUCGCGACGCGUGCUGCGACGAGAAGAUGCGAUGGCUGCGUCGAAGCUUGGCUCCAAAAAUGCAUCCACACGCCCAACCGUCGGCUCAACGCUCGACGCGAGCGCGCUGACACCAUCUUCUUUACGUUUCACGACCGAGAAUAAUAUCCACAGUGUACCCACCGCGUUCGGUGUGGCAGAUCGACCCGCGUCGCGACGCGUGCUGCGACGAGAAGAUGCGAUGGCUGCGUCGAAGCUCGGCUCCAAAAAUGCAUCCACACGCCCAACCGUCGGCUCAACGCUCGACGCGAGCGCGCUGACACCAUCUUCUUUACGUUUCACGACCGAGAAUAAUAUCCACAGUGCACCCACCGCGUUCGGUGUGGCAGAUCGACCCGCGUCGCGACGCGUGCUGCGACGAGAAGAUGUGAUGAUCGGCCUGCAAGACAACUUUACCUUCAACUCUCGCCCAGAUGCUGCGGAAACGUCUCGCCACACCACCACGUGUCCCCCUUUCGACGUGCCCUUCGACGAAAUGAAACGAUUGGCGACGCGUCCAAUCAGUGGGAAGGCCGCUUGGUCGCACCACGCCGCGUCGAGCUCGCCUUUCGUCGAACCUUGUACCUUUCAAAAUAACCGACGAUGCGUAACUAAAAAUGAAAGGAGUAUCCACCUAUCGGAUUUGAAAGGCACUUCUAGUUUCAACUGA